AUGGUCGGAGUCGACAGGGGUAAUCGAGGUUUAUACGCUGACACAAUUCACAUCAAUGAACCGAAUACGCACCCACUCUUCAACAUUCAUGCUCUAGCCUGCAAAGGACACUCAUCUGCAGUUGGACCAGGGCUUGUCUUUGGCAGGGAUAAAAACCGUUCUGCUAACCUAUCCAGUGCCAAAUGGAGCAGACGCCUUACCAAAAAGCACUCAUGGCACAUCCUCUCGAAUUACAAAUCUUCCAAGUAUGUCACCAGCCUUGACUGGAUUUCACUUUUCUCCAUUAUGCGCUCACCCCAUUCACUGAUUCAAACUUAUGUACCUGUCACAGAUAACGCCAGGUUUAACGAGAUUGAUGAACACUAUAAACGGAACGGACGUCAGUGUGGCAUUUGUGGCGAGUGGAAAAUAAACUUGAGUGCUCACAUCUCCACCCAGCAUACUGGAUCCACGUACGCCCUGAUUUCGAAUGGUGAAGCUACGCGAGAUAAACGCAGAAGCCUGGCGCAACAGGUUCGGCAUUCUGGCGGCCAAUUUCUAAAGGGGCCAUUACAAGGCCAAGAAGUUCCAGGUCUGCCGCAGUUUUUUGAAAAGUCCUCUGGCAGGCUGAAGUACUGCUACAUGGAUCUCGUGAAGAAGCCAGAAAUGAGUCCUAAACCCCGCGCGGUGUUCAGGAGAACCUGCAACAUGUCACCUGCGGAGCCAUUCCCCAAUAAAUCAUGGUUUAGAGGCUCGGGCCUUAGUGUCGUCACCACAAUAACGACUAAUGUUUGGACACCGGACAAAUAUCCAGACUGGACUGGGCCGCCUGGAUUCCUCGCCGGUAAAGAUCCGACCUGGAUUCCCAAGGGCCUACGCCAGUGUGCUUUUUGCAAUCAAUCAGUAUGUGAUUGCAUACGUAAGAAAGUCCGUCAUGAUGAGCCAUGCAUCAGGAAAACACCAAACAUGGGCGAAGGAGCUUUGGCAAGAACUGAUUACGAGAAAGAUGAGUUCUUGGGUGAGCUAGUAGACAGGAAGGAGGUCGCAUGGUGUCAAGUCUAUCCCCGCUAUAUGGGAAACUGGGUGCGCAAAGUUAAUCACUCUUGCGAAUCCAACUGCGUAUUUGAAUCGUGGAAUAUCUCAGGAAGAUGGCGUGUGAUGCUGCGAGCAACUUGUCAAAUCAAGCGUGGCAGCUGGAUUCUUGUCAACUAUGGAGAGGAGUAUUGGCAGGAAAAUCAUCGAUGUCUUUGUGGCAGCAAUUACUGUGUUAGAACUCAAGAAGAAAAGCUUGCACCAGGUAGCAGGGUGUCGCCUUGUUAG